AGGAGAAUGGCAAACGGGAGUCCCCGGGCUGCUGCUCCAAGGAAAUGCGGCAGCCGGGCUCGCACCACCACCGCCACCACCGCCACCGUCGCUGAAACGCCAAGCACCGGCCCCAGGUAAGGUUGCUGUCUGUAACGCUCAGCUCAGUCCAAGGACUAUGCCCACGUGCUUCUGCCUCUUUCAACCAUGGAGAGUCCCAUGUUUGACACCAUCCUGGAGACAACAGACGGGGUAACCCCUGACCACAGUUGGUCCCUGUCCUAUCCACUGGGCUUCCAGGUGUCCCUGACAGGCUUCCUGAUGUUGGAAAUUGUCCUUGGGGUCAGCAGCAACCUCACAGUAUUGGUUCUCUACUGCCUGCAAGCUGGCCUGGUUGACUCAGUCAGCAACAUGGUGACCAUGAACCUGCAUGUACUAGAUGUGCUCAUCUGCGUGGUGUGUGCACCUCUCACCAUGGUGGUCAUAUUGGUGCCGCCCGAUCGUGCUGCCACCCUCUUCUGCUGCUUCCACGAGGCCUGCAUCACCUUCAGCAGCGUGGCAACAGCCACCAACGUCCUGGUGAUCAGCUUGGACCGUUACGACAUUUCGGUUCGUCCCGCACAGCGUGUGCUCACUCCAGCCCGUGCAAUUCUACUCCUGGCUGGAGUCUGGGUGCUAUCCCUGACUGUAUUUUUUAUACCCUUCCUUGAAGGCGAGUUUGGACACGCCAGCGUGUGGCAAAACCGUACUGUGCUGUGUGUUGGCCCAGAAGAGUUCCACGCUGAGCUCGGCACCUCCUACCACCUUGCCAUCCAGAUCCCCACUUUCUUUGCAGCCAUGGCGGUCAUGCUGGUGACCUACGCCAAGAUCCUGCAAGCUCUCAAUAUCAGCAUUGGCAGCACCUUUAAGCGCAGCCAGCGUCGCAAGACAAAAAAGAGGAAGCGACGGAAAGCAGUAGAGCUGAGUAGCAGCAGCAGCAUGAUCAGUGCUGGAGAAACCAAGAGGCUGUCCCAGCCAAUGCCCACGCUCCCAGCUCCGCCCCCGAUGGGUGUGCAGGCUUCUGUCUCUGUGAUCAUCGCACUGCGUCGGGCGGUGAAGCGCCACCGUGACCGGAGGGAGCGCCAGCGGCGUGUUUUCCGCAUGUCCCUGCUAAUCAUCUCAACGUUCCUGUUGUGCUGGGCACCUCUGUCCAUUGUCAACCUGCUCAUUCUGUGCCUCGGGCCUAGCCCCUUGCUGGGCAAGCUGCGCAUCUGCUUCCUGGCCAUGGCCUAUGGUACAACCAUCUUCCACCCACUCCUUUAUGCCUUUACCCGCCAGAAACUGCGCAACGUACUCCGCAGCAAGCUGAAGAAACGAGUGGUGUCAGCGCUGCAAGUCGAUCCCGCACCUGGUGGCACAAUCAUCCACAAUUCCUGGGUGGAGCCACCACGGAAAGGCUGCAAGGGGCGGCCACGGGGUAGCGAUGGGGCUGAGCACUGCCUGACGGAGGCCACAAAAGAGUAAAGGGUAGGGGUAAAUUUCAGACUAGGUGCCAAGAAAGCUGGGAUGGGUGGUAUCAACCCACUGCAUAGCGAAUCUGGUGAGUGCCAAACACUGAAAUCAAUGAAGAAUGAGAGGCAGAUACAGGACCCUUAUUAAAAUCACCAGAAACUACAGCUUGGUGCUAACCCUCUGACCGAAGUGCAAAGUAGAGGUGAGCGGUAUUGCAGCGAGCAGAGAGAGGCAACCAUCAACACCUUGUAGAAAUAACCAUUUCCAUCUAGGGUGUGAUACUGAUUCCUCACAAAGCCUCCACCUAGCCAAUGGCAAAACCUCCUACCUAUCUGAGGUAAAAUACGAAGGCUUAAACCUUCUCUUGACAUUGGCCUGUUGGCUGCACUAAGACCACUAGAAUUACGACAAUUAUUUAAUUACUUAAUGCCAAGAGUUGUAACAAGCAGAUGAGUGCUUAUACGUGUUGGGGAAAGGCAUUAAGUUUAAGUCAACACUAAACGAGUCAGCACUCCAGAAGACAUUGCAAUGCUGAAUAAGUCCAAGGUGGCUAAAAUAAGCUCUCCAUCUUAGAGAAGGCCAAGAAAAUGUGUUAGAAAGGCAGGUUUGGAAAGGCUGGGAUAGCAUAACUUUUUAGAGUUCUUUGCCUUACAGGUAAUCCUUAGCUUACCACCAGUCAUUUAGCAACUGGUUACAAUUACAAUAGAUUCCCCCAAAAGGUACCUAGGUCCAGUGGUGGGAUUCAGCCAGUUCGCGCCACUUCGGGAGAACCAGUUGUUAACUUUCUGAGCAGUUUGGUG